UAGACCCCAAACCCAAACAUAUAUCCAUCCCAACUCCAAACAAUUUAUAUAAAUUAAAAGUACGUAGCUGAAUCUGAAGAAUUAAGCUACCUAAUUACUAUGAUGGGUCAUGCCAAUGCCCGCCGUGGCGACGCAGUGAUCGACAUAGGCAAGCCCGUGAGUUUCACCGGCGGCAUCGAGUUCUCCGGCCUUACUUACACCGUCAUGAAAAAGAAGCAGGUGAAUGGGAGCUGGGUGCCCCAGGAAGCUGACCUGCUGCACCGGAUUACUGGCUAUGCGCCUAAGGGAUGCAUAACCGCCGUCAUGGGACCGAGCGGGGCCGGCAAGUCGACCUUCUUGGACGGACUGGCUGGCCGGAUCGCCAGCGGGAGCCUUAAGGGGAGAGUGUCGUUGGAUGGGGCGGAGAUGAGCCCAAGUCUGAUCAAGAGGACUUCGGCUUAUAUCAUGCAGGACGAUAGGCUCUUCCCCAUGCUCACCGUUUAUGAGACACUCAUGUUCGCCGCAGAUUUCAGGCUCGGCCCUAUCUCCUCUUCGGACAAGAAGCAGCGAGUCGAUAAGCUGAUUGAGCAGCUUGGUUUAUCAUCGUCUAGGAACACUUACAUAGGCGACGAGGGAGCUCGGGGAGUGUCGGGCGGCGAGCGACGGCGAGUCUCGAUCGGCGUCGACAUCAUUCAUGGACCAUCGCUGCUGUUCCUCGACGAGCCCACAUCAGGCUUGGACUCGACCAGUGCCCACAGCGUGAUAGAGAAGGUCCACGACAUAGCUCGCUCCGGCAGCACAGUGAUUCUGACAAUCCACCAGCCAUCGUCCAGAAUCCAGCUGCUGCUUGACCAUCUGAUCAUCUUGGCACGAGGGCAGCUCAUGUACCAGGGAUCACCCAAGGACGUGGCGCUGCAUCUGGGCAGAUUGGGCCGCAAAGUGCCCAAGGGGGAGAACCCAAUUGAGUUCCUCAUUGAUGUGAUCCAAGCCUACGACCAGUCCGAGCUUGGAGUCACGCCGCUGGCUGAGUUUGCUCUCACCGGGGUGAAGCCACCGCUGUUGGAGGGAGAGGAUUUCUCGGUGUCGACCGUGCCUCCAUCGCCGACUCCUUCUCGCCUGCCAGGUGACAAGAGGAGGCCUGGUGAGGAAGAUAGGGAUUUUGAUCACAGCCUUAGAAGUCCUCGGAGCACAUCCCGAUCUUGGACGCCUAGCCACAGUGGGUUGGUGCAAAAAUUUAUGUUCGCGCCUUCUCGCCGCCAAGCUGACCAUAAUAAAAUGGAUAUCUCCACCAGCACAUCCCCGGGCUACUACAGAUUCUCCAAGGAGAUGCUCCCGAGAACUCCAACACCUCAGAGCAGUGACUACACCGUCAAUGAAGACGACUACCUGACCCCAAACGACGCUCAGGCCAUGCAGCACGCCCACCACCUAGGACCCAAAUACGCCAACUCCUUCUUCCAGGAGUUAUGGGUCUUGAUCCGCCGGAACUUCAAGAUCGUCCGCCGCACGCCGGAGCUUUUCCUCUCCCGGCUCCUGGUCCUCACCGUCAUGGGGGUCAUGAUGGCCACCAUGUUCAUCCAUCCGAAGCAAAACCUGCAAGGCAUCACCAACCGCCUCAGCUUCUUCAUCUUCACCGUCUGUCUCUUCUUCUUCUCCUCCAACGACGCCGUUCCGGCCUUCAUCCAGGAGCGCUUCGUCUUCAUCCGAGAGACCUCUCACAACGCGUACAGAGCGUCGUCAUACACCAUCGCCGGCCUCGUCACCUACCUCCCGUUCCUCGCCCUCCAGGCCGCAGUCUACGCGGGCAUCGUCUGGUUCGCCCUCAGCCUCCGCGGGCCCUUCCUCUACUUCCUCGUCGUCCUCUACGUCUCCCUUCUCUCCACCAACUCCUUCGUCGUAUUCGUCAGCUCGGUGGUGCCCAACUACAUUCUGGGCUACGCGGCGGUGAUCGCAUUCACCGCCCUCUUCUUCUUGUUCUGCGGCUACUUCUUGAACAGCCAUGACAUCCCCUCCUACUGGAAGUGGAUGAACAAGAUAUCGACGAUGACGUAUCCGUACGAGGGGCUUUUGGUGAACGAGUUCCAUACGUCGGCGAGCUUCGGAAAGAACCUUGAUGGGCACGAUGUUACUGGGAUUGAAAUUUUGAAGCAACUGAAUAUAUAUCGGGAAAAGGAAUCAGAGAAGUGGGAGAAAGUUCUUAUUAUGAUUGGAUGGGCUGUUCUAUAUAGGAUUUUGUUUUACCUGGUUCUUCGAUUCGGUUCCAAGAAUCAGCGAACUUAA